GUUCAGGGCUGCGGCUGAGCCUGGGAGCAAAGCGUAGACUCCAAAGCUCACAUCGUAUAUAUUCCAAUUCAAUCCAAUGCUCUCUGUUGUUAUUGAUGCUACUUGCUUCAUCGUCCCUUUAUCCAUUUCAGUCCCCAAUUUUGUUAAUCAAAGGAGGAUGGGCUCAACCACCGCAUUUCCAUCAUCUCUCUUCGUCGCACCCCAAACCCCAUCCUUUCUUCCUCGCCGUGGCGGCAGCCUCUCCUUCACAUCUCCAGCUUCAUUUGUCUGUUAUCAAAGAUCUCCCAACUCUCGAAUACUGCGUAUCUCCGCUUCUCUGUUGCACCCAGACGCUAGCAUUGCUUGGUCCCCUCCCGACCCUAAUUUUAUACCCAACGACUAUGGGGGUUGGGCCGUUGUUCAAGCUCCUCCAACUCCCAGAACAAGGAAAAAAGGAUUUUCUUCUAUUUUAGUUGGGUGUGCUAUUGGGUCUUCACUUGCUAUUGCAAUUUCCAUUGCAUACUUUUUAUUCUACAGAAAAGGGUUUGAAAUUGAGCUUAGGAGUCCAUUGAAUACUUUUCACGGGGUCUUUGGCUGUAGGGAGGCGAAAAGUGACCAUACCGAAGCUAGGGACUAUCUUGAAUCUGAUGAACAGGCUGCUGAGGCAGUACCCGACUAUGUACGUCUUGCUGUUACCGAAAUUGUUCCUUCAGCACCUAGUCAUAAGUAUGAGCGCAUUGUGGUAUCUGUUGCUGUUGAUUCCACUCAGCAGGAAGCUUUGUUGGUUUUAAAGAAGCUGAAGAUAAUUGAAGUUGAUGUAAGACCUGAUGAAUUAUGCACAAGAAGGGAGUAUGCUAGAUGGCUUGUUCGAACGAGUUUGUUUUUGGAAAGGAAUCCUAGGCAUAGGAUUGUUCCAUCCAUUGCACUCUCUGGUUCAGAAACUGCAGCCUUUGAUGAUGUUGGUGCCGAUGACCCAGAUUUUGAGUCCAUUCAAGCUUUGGCAGAGGCAGGCAUCAUCCCCAGCAAGCUUUCAGGCGGGAACACUGCUUCUGAUGGUUCACAAGGAGGAGUCUUCUUUCCUGACCGAUUUAUUUCUCGAGAGGAUCUUAUAAACUGGAAAGCCUCAGUAGAGUAUGACUUUGAGCCAGGAGUAAUGGAGCAGAUAUCAAGGACAAAGGUAGAUUUUAUGGAUUUGAAGGAGAUCAGUCCAGAUUUGUCACCUGGACUUUUUAUAGACAUGUUGGAUGGAGAAAAUAGCAUACUCAGAAAAGUUUUUGGACAAAGCAAGCGUUUUCAACCAAUUAAACCUUCAUCAAAAGCACAAGCAGCAGUGGCUUUGACAAGUGGCAGGAUGACAGAAGCAAUUUCCAAUGAGUUGGUGAAGCUGGAAAUGGAGAGUUCUUCAAAAGGAGCUGAAAUGAAAGAAAUCAAGUCCGAGUUGCUUGAAAAGGGAGAAAUACAGAGUUUUUGGAAUGAAAAGCUGGAUGAAGAAAGAGCCAGAGGUUCUGAAGUGGAGAAGCUUUACCUUUUGGCAGUUCAGGACCUGGGACAGGAGAAGAUUGUUCAGGAGAAAUAUGCUGUUGAGUCUUUGAAGGAAAAGGCAGCAAUGGACUGCCAGAGGCAACUGGUUUCUAGUCUCAAAGAAGAGGUUGCGGUGAUGUCAAGAAGGCUUGCAUCUAAGAGGACUAUGUAUGUUACUGAGCGGAGUAAGUUGCAAGAUAUGCACAAUGGUUUACAAUCCAAAUUAGAAGGAAUACUUGAUGCAAAAUACAUUUUGGAAGCUGAGAUAGAAGCUAUCAAGAUUCUCAAAUCCUGGGUAGAGGAUGAAGCAAGAAAAAGCCAAGGCCGAGCUAAGGUCCUUGAGGAGGUGGGACGAAGAUGGAAAUGGUUAGACCAAGCUUGAUUGUAAAAAAAAAGUACAUUCAGCACUGACAGCUUGAAAAUGUUAGAACGUAGGAAGACUAAAUAAGAAAUUCCGUGGAGUGAUGAAAUGCAACAUGAGAAAAUCUUUAUUGAUUUUGUGAGCUGUGGUCAGAGUUUUGAUAGUUGGAUUUUAUCUUCUUCUCAUUUUUCAUGUUCUUACAUUUUCAUAUUGGUUAACUGUUGAAGAACUAAAUGGGAUGAAAGAAUUCGGGAAUCAACAUCUUUCAUGUGUGCA